AUGAUGCAGCAGGCUCUGAGACGACCAGCGACGGCGGCGACAGUACGCGCAGCGCUCGCGACGACGCCGACGGCCCGCGCGUCGUCGAGCACCACCACGCCGCGCCCGAAGAAACCCUCGCCCUACCGCCUCCCGCACCUCCCGGCCUUCCUCUCGGCCUUUGCGCCGCUCCACGCGUCCGGCUGGCGGCUGGGCCACCUGCCGUCGCCGCUCGGCUCUGACGCAGGCGAAGGGGGCAGCACGCACGGCGCAGGCAGCGACAUGCUCUCCGGCGCGGAUCUGCAGGGCCGCGUCCUCGUGCGCGCGUACGGGUUCCCCGCGACGCGCGACGGCUGGCGCGGGCUCGCUGCGCUCGCAGCGGACAUUACGCGCGCGGUCGAGGCGCAGGACCACCACCCGGCGAUUACGAUCGCCCCGCUGGCCGACUUGCCGCUUGGCAUGAGGGAACAUGUCGAUGACGCCGACGUUGACGGCGCGCCGGCGCCUGGAUACGUCCUCCACCUCGCGACACACACGCAUACGCCCCUGCCACCGCUCCCCCUCGACUCGGACGGCGCGGCGCCAGCCAUCGUCUUCGAGGGCAAGCCGCGCCCCGGCGUCACGGGCAAGGACUUGCGCCUCGCCGACGCCGUUGAGAAACUCUGGCUCGCGCGCAGUGGCCCCCAGGACGAGGUGUAA